GAAUGGGUCUAGCUUUUUGAUGACAUUUCUUGCUUUCAGGCCCACAACUUGAACAGAUAAAUUGAUCCACUUCUUUCUUGGGUAACAAUAGCCGGAUUGAUACUGAAAAAGGAGUUAGAAUUAAAGAAGUUCCACCGAAAAGAGAUGUACCAACUUUGAUUAUUAUCCACUGAUGAUUGCUCCAACAAACUUUUGGGUCAUUUUACAGAUAAUAAAGUAAGAUAGUUCAGAUAAAAGUUCUUCAGAAAGUUAGGCUUUGGUCCUCCACUUCCUCUGGACUUGCUUAAGCACAGGGAUGUCUGUUCAUCUAUAAAUUUUAUAUGAUGUGAUGAUUCCUCAAUGGAAAUGAAGGGGAGCUGGUUUGAUCUCCUUAAGAAACUCUUUGUAUCGGAGCCAAAAUCAAAACAAGAAAAGAAAGAGAAGAGGAGGAGAAGGAUACUCGGUAGAUUUAAGAUAAAACGCCUUCUCACAAUUGCACAGUCAUCUUCAUUGAAGGAGAAGAUACUGAGUGAAGCAGAAGAAGAACAGAGAAAGCAUGCAGUGACUGUUGCUAUUGCAACAGCAGCAGCUGCUGAGGCUGCUGUUGCAGCUGCUCAGGCUGCAGCUGAGGUUGUCCGACUAACACAUGCCCCUCAAUCACGCCGUCAAGUAGAGAAGGGAAUCAGAGAAUUCUCUGCUAUUAAAAUUCAAACUGCUUUCCGUGGGUAUCUUGCAAGGAAAGCAUUGCGAGCACUGAAGGCACUGGUGAGGCUUCAAGCAAUGGUUCGAGGCCGAGCAGUGAGAUGCCAAGCAAUCAGCACUCUGAAGAGUUUGCAGUCUCUUGUAAACAUCCAGUCUCAGGUCCGCGCAAUAAGACUUGGGAUUUUUGAGGAGGACUGGACUGCCAAAGAGAAGCCACAAUUUCUAGCACAAAGCUAUGAAUUGAGAGACAAGGACAAAAGGCUCAAACCAGAAUGUCAGAGGUCGAAUGGCAGCUUGUUAUCAAAAGAAGAAAUCAAGACCACAUUCCUAAGCCAGAAAGAAGCAAUGAUCAACGGAGAACAUAUGAAGCAAUAUUCAUUUAGUCAUCAGGUAGGUCUGAUUUGUUUGGAGAUCAUUCAAAUUAUUUCAUUCAAAGUAUGAGAUUAAAAUAUCAUUCUUCAGGAAAGGCAACAAAUAGAAUCAGAACCAUGUAAGGUGGGUGGAAUGUGCAGUAACUGGUUAGAACAACGCGUGGACGUCCGGCAAGGGACAGAUAAUAUUGAAUCAGUUGACUGUUCAAAUGCAUUGGACAGAUAUGAAGAGAGAGGACUACAGCUUAAGACCAGAAAAAUUCGAACUCAUAAGCAAGCAGGAGAAUUGGAUUCUCCAAUACCACUUCCAAGGAGACCAAUUCACCAACAAAAACAUAGUUCAAUUGAUAAUGGCUCCUUCUUAAGCUUUUCUACUGUUCCAGGAUACAUGGCUACUACUGAAGCUGCUAGGGCAAAGGCAAGAUCAUCUAGUGCACCAAAACAAAGGCUGGAAAUCAGAGAUUUUUAUUCUUAUCAAAGUUCACCAUCCAACAGUAAACUCUCAUUUUGUUCUUCUAUUGGUAAUGAUGCUACUUGCUUCAACAGGAUUGGCAAGCCUAGUGGUUUUCAACAGAGAUCUCCUUACAUUAAAGGUCUGUCAGGUCCUGUAAUAUCACACCAAACUUCCAAAGAUCUCAGCCUUGAUUCUGAAUUCUCAUUGCUGAACUGGAACCAACAGAGUGCUUUUUGAUGAUAUUUUCCAUUA